AUGGCUGAGCUACUGCUGCGGCUGCUGCUGCUCAGGGAUGGCUCGGCUAAUCCUACUGCUGCUGCUGCUGCUCAGGGAUGGCUGGCCUGCUGCUGCAGCUGCUUACGGAUGGCAGGGCUGGUGCUGCUGCUGCUCAGGAAAAUCUGGGCUAGUGCUGCAGAUGCUGCUGCUGCUCAGGGAUGGCUGGGCUGCUGCUGCUGCUGCUUAGCGAUGGCUGGGCUGGUGUUGCUGCUGCUGCUCAGGGAUGGCUGGGAUGCUACUGCUGCUGCUGGUGCUCAGGGAUGGCUGAGCUACUGCUGCGGCUGCUGCUGCUUAGGGUUGACUGGACUGCUGCUGCUGCUGCUAGGGACAACAGGGCCGCUGCUGCUGCUGCUGCUGCUCAGGGAGACCGGGCAGGUGCUGCAGCUGCAGCUCUGGGAUGGCUGGGCUGCUGCUGCUGUAGUUGCUGCUCAGGGGUGGCUCGGCUAA